AUGGCGCCACCUUGCUCCAUCAUUGUUCUACUUGUCUUCGUCCCUGCUUUCUGCUCGCAAAGUGCUACAACAUUUAAUUGUGAGGGAAAUGGAGACAGAGUGAAUUGGUGGAUUCAAAGUGCUCCAUUAACCGACUCCAUUGAACAAGAAAGAGAAAUAAUAGUCACUACCACUGUUAAUAAUACUAACUUCUCAUCAGUACUGACUGUUAAUUCUAUACCUGAUAAUGAUGGACUGGGAAUUGGAUGUGAAGUUAUUACUUUUAAUCCUUUUGAUCGUGUCAUAUCAAACUGUAACCUAACCAUCAGAGGUGUAUCAUCAGUUGAGGAUCUCCAGUAUGAUUUUACUUCAAAUAAUUCAUUGCUCAUAACAUGGUCACGUCCUGUUUACUACUCUGAUGAUGUUUCUUUUGGAUCAUCCGUUAGCUAUCAAGUAUUAGUUACUGAUGAAGAAGAUGGAGAUAUUAUACUGGAUGAAACUAUUGCCAAUAGAAAGAUUAAAGUUGUUAAUGUCACAAAAUGUGAUACAUUUAAUAUCAGUGUAACAGUAAUACUGGCUCAAUAUACAUCAACUGAUAUUGAUAGUAAUAGUGGAAACUUUUCAAUUGCUGAAUAUGGCACACAGCCAUUGAUACCUUCUAUUUCUUUUGAACUUGGUUGUCCUCUAUCAAAAUGCCUUGUUUCACUAAUGGAUGGAAGCACUGAAGUUACUGAUAUUAUUAGUGAAACUGAUCAUAUAAUUGAAUUCAAGUUAUCACCUUUCAGACAUUAUGAACUAACUGCUGUUGUUAAGAAUCUUAGAGGAAAGACCAAAGCAACUUACGACGCUUCAAUAUCUACAUUCCAUACACGAGAUAUUAUCAUCAGUUCUCCACAUACCGAUGGGUCAGUUAGUGUACAGUGUGUGUUUGUAUCAGGAUCAACUGCUGAUGGAUGUCAUGUGAUAUUUAAUGAUACUAAUCAAGAAAUAGUUGAAUCAUUUACUAUAACUGGACCAGGCAGUACAAUAGUAACAGUAUCAGCCAGUGGAGUUUAUGAUGUAUAUGUUUAUGAUAUUGUCAAAGGAUCAUUAUAUGGACCUGCUGUUCAAGAUACUACACUGGUUGAGAUUGUUAAAGUGAUACCUUCUACUUUUUCCUCUUCUAGUAUUAUGAGUGAAAGUACUGCUUCUCCUGCUCAGUCUACUGUCAGUAAUACUGUUAGUCCUACGACAACUAGUAUUAAUGUAACUGGAACCACUUCAUCAACAAGCAAGACAAUGAAUGAUAAUAACAUUAUUGUACCUAUUGUGGCUGGUACAGUCAGUGGUAGUGUACUGUUGAUAUUGAUCAUAUUAGUAGUAUGUGCUGUGAUCAUUGUCAAUAAGAGGAAAAAGAUGAAAGGAGUAUUGAUACGUUCUGAAUUUGCUACUAUUCAACAACCACAAGCUGAGACCAAUCGAUAUCAAGAUGUUCAUGAGUUAAGAAAUGAAGGUCCUAACAACACAUCACCUUUACUAUUGACUAGUAGUAGAUUGAUAAAUGAGGAGAAUCCCUAUCAUGUUACUAGGAGUAAGUUUCUGCCCGACAAUCAUCCCACUAUUCCUUCACACAAUGUUGAGGUAAAUAUUAGUAUAUCAUGUGACUGUUUUGAUAAUGUAGUACUGCUGUAAUAUUGUGUAGUAUGUUUACCUAAGUUGAAAGAGUAAACACUAUAACUAUUGCAUGCCUACAAAGUGCAGCAACAUGUUCUGGUUAGGUUUUAUAGACAAAU